AUUUUCCCGCUCAAAUUUUUUUCCUUUUCUUGUCAAAAACAACUACAAGAGAGAGAAAUGAGGUGGGAAAAGGUUCCGCUUAAUCAACAAGAAGCUGGAUGUAUCGGAGAAGCAUGUUCAUGGCCAGGCAAAAGAUGGGGACACACUUGUAACUCCAUUAAAGGAGGCAGAUUUCUCUAUGUUUUUGGUGGUUAUGGCAAAGAUAAUUGCCAAACCAAUCAAGUUCAUGUCUUUGACACUGCCAAGAAGACAUGGAGUCAACCUGUAAUGAAAGGCACACUGCCACGUGCUAGAGAUAGCCAUAGCUGUACCACUGUUGAUGACAAUCUAUUUGUUUUUGGUGGUACCGAUGGGAUGAAACCUCUUAAGGAUCUACACAUAUUAGAAACCUGCACAGACACAUGGAUUUGUCCAAGUGUAAGAGGUGAGGGGCCAGAGGCACGCGAGGGUCACAGUGCAGCUGUUGUUGGCAAACGGCUCUUCAUAUUUGGUGGGUGUGGGAAAUCUUCCGAUAGCAAUGAUGAAAUAUAUUACAACGAUCUCUAUAUUUUAAAUACAGAGACCUUUGUCUGGAAGCGUGCUCAAACAUCAGGAAACCAACCAUCUGCCCGCGAUGGCCAUACUUGCUCAUCUUGGAAGAACAAAAUUAUUGUAAUUGGUGGUGAAGAUGCACGUGAUUACUAUUUAUCUGAUGUCCAUAUCCUUGACGCAGAUACUCUUGCAUGGAAACAGCUGACUACCUCAGGCCAGAUAUUGCCACCCCGUGCUGGCCACUCCACAAUUGCUUUUGGCAAGAACUUAAUUGUUUUUGGGGGAUUUAGUGAUGCUCAAAAUCUUUACAAUGAUCUCUACAUGCUUGAUGUUGAGACUGGCUUGUGGACCAGGGUGAUUACUACGGGUGAUGGUCCUUCUGCUAGAUUUGCGGUUUCUGGGGAUUGUUUGGAUCCCCUGAAGAGUGGUGCUCUUAUGUUCGUUGGCGGCUGUAAUAAGACUCUUGAAGCACUGGAUGACAUGUACUUCUUAUAUACAGGGCUUGUUGUACGGGAUGAAAGGACGUUGGAGAAAUUAUCCUUGAGAAAGCAGCUGAAGUUAAAGUGCCAACAACAAAAUCUUAGUAAUCUUGUACAUGAUAAAGCUCUCGGUGGUAUUGAAGUCGGCAAUAAUGUACACUUCCAACCGAUUCCUUUGUUUAGCUAUGGCCAAGCAAGAAGAGAGAAUUCUCCAUCAAUACAAGUUCUACAUCAGGGGAAGAAGACAUUUCAUGCUGAACUUACUGAGAGCUUCCCACAUGGAUAUACCAUUGAGACUGUUAUAGACGGGAAGCCUCUUCGAGGAAUACUGUUUUCAGCCAAGCCCAGCUCUGUUCAUGUAGCCAAUUAUAAUCUCUGUAGAAAAAGGACUUCCGUAGAAGGUGUGGGUACUGUAUUAAAUGGUGAUUGCAAUAGUAAAUCCAAAUCUUCAAGAAGCGUGGUGCAGAAUUGUGGAGUUCAUAAACAUGAUGUUCAUGAGAAGUAUUAUUCAUUGCUUGAGACGGAAGCUCCUGUUCCGAGUUCAAGGAAUCCUGCACCUCCUGAUCUAUCAACCUGUAAGAACCUUGCAAUGCAAGAACCGGCCGUAGCUCAUCUGAACUUAAACUAUGAUAAGGCCAGUGAUGCACCAAACUCCAGCAGUGCUUUUCUGGAAGGCAUUGGAUCCACAACGACCGGUUUCUCCAUCACCUUAUCUCCCAAGAAAGGUACUUAGGCUCGGAUGAGCUGAGACCGAACACCUUGGAGCAUAACAAGCCCGAAAUAUCAUUAUGAAUCUUGAUGAUCUUUAACCCGUUACCGGUGACUACUCAGUGCAAUGAAAAUCCAGAAGCCAUGUAUAUGACUUCAAGUUAGUUGGGUAUAGAUGCAUGUGAUUGAUCAAUGUUUAAUCUAUCCGGGUUACUUACUAACUGAUGAUCGGCCACCCACUGAUUCUCUUCUGUUUUGCUUUCUAACAAAGAAUACCUCCGUUUUAUUUGAGCUCUUACAUGCAUGAAUUAGUUUU